AUGGACACGGUGGCGUCCCCCGUCGCUGACGGCCACGUCGGCAACCUGACAGCCGAGCAGGAGACCAAGCUCCGCGAGCUCUGGCAGACCGUCUUCAGGCUCUACGACGUUCUCCAGGAGCACAGCCAGAAACGGGCCGCCGCCCCGGCGCCGCCCCCCGUGGAUUCGCCUAAAAAGUCUCGCCUCGGGCUGUUUGGGGGGUGGAAGGCGGCCGAGGCGCCGGCCAGCCCGGCGCUCCCCGAGGAGGCGCUCAAGCUCAUCGCCUGCGACGAGGAGGACAAGUUUGGCCUGGUCAAGCAGUUCCAGCAAGUCAUCGCGACGCAGACGCCCGAGUCGCUCCGGGCCAUGGUCCUCGGGUCGCUCAAGCACGAGCACCCCGACGCCCUGGCGCUGCGGUUCCUGCGGGCGCGCAAGUGGGACGUCAACCGCGCCCUGGUCAUGAUGUUCUCGGCCAUGAACUGGAGGUACAGCGAGGCCAAGGUCGACGCCGACAUCCUGGCCAACGGCGAGGAGGUGCUCGUCGGCGACGAGGAGACGGGCGCCGUCAAGCCCAAGGCCCUGGCGCGCGACUUUAUGAGGCAGAUCCGCACCGGCAAGAGCUUCAUCCACGGCACCGACCGGGCGGACCGGCCCAUCAGCUACGUGCGGGUGCGGCUGCACCGGGCGUCGGACCAGUCGGUCGAGAGCCUCGAGCGCUACACGACCUACCUCAUCGAGACGGCGCGCCUCGCGCUGGCGCCCCCGGUCGAGACGGCCACGCUGGUGUUUGACCUGACGGGCUUUACCCUGGCCAACAUGGACUACGUUCCCGUCAAGUUCAUCAUCAAGUGCUUCGAGGCAAACUACCCCGAGUCGCUCGGCGCCAUUCUCAUCCACAACUCCCCCUGGGUCUUCAAGGGCAUCUGGAAAGUCAUCUCCGCGUGGCUCGACCCCGUCGUCGCCGGCAAGGUGCACUUCACCUACGGCCGCAAGGACCUGGAAACCUUCAUCCACCCGUCGCAGAUCAUCAAGGAGCUCGGGGGCGACGAGGACUGGGAAUACAUGUACGAGGAGCCGGUGCCGGGCGAGAACGAGGCCAUGAAGGACACGGCGGCGCGCGACGCGCUCCAAAAGACCCGCGAGGACAUUGCGCGCGACUUUGAGGCGACGACGAAGCAGUGGAUCGAGCAUCCGGCCGGCCCCGAGGCGGCCGAGCUCAUGGCCAAGAGGGACAAGAUUGCCGCGCAGCUCCGCGACAACUUCUGGAAGCUCGACAAGUACGUGCGGUGCCGGUCGCUGUACGACCGCCAGGGCAACAUCCGCCCGGGCCAAAACGCCGUCUGGUACCCCGAGGCCGCCGAGAAGAACGCCAUGGGCGGCGCCGUCCCCAACGGCACCAUUGAGCAGAUCGAAAACGCCCCCUUCAAGGUCGCCGCCGAGGUUGCGGCCUAG